ACCCGGAACCUCCAAAUCCUGAAUCCGCUCUUGGUUAGACUGUGGAAAAGUACUCGACCGUCUCUUUCGCAGAGCAAAAUCAGAGCUAUGGAGAAUUCAGAUACUCCAGCAUGUGAUUCAAAUGCUGCCGAAGCUGAAGCGGUAACAGCUCCAUCUUCUUCCAUUCCCGUAUGCAAUUUUUUCAAAAAACCAUCCAAGGGUAAAAAUAUCAGAAAGCGUCCUACAGUUGAAGAGGAGGAGAAUGAAGAUGCAGGAGAUGAUAGUUCAGUCAUUUAUACCAAGAAGAAGCCAGCGGUUGCUAAUAAUAAGCUACACUUUUCAACCGGACCUUCAAAGUCGAACAAGGAUACUGAAUCCAAUGUGGAUUCAAAAUCCUCUCGUUUUCAUUUUGAGUCCUCAAAGGAGAUUCAAGUUCAAAAUGAUAGUAGAGCAACAGCAACUUUAGAAACCGAGACUCAUUUCUCUAGAGAUGCCCGGGCCAUUCGGGAAAAAGCUCUGAAGCAGGCAGAGGAGGCUUUGAAGGGAAAAAGCAAGACAGGUGGUGAUGAGAAAUUUUACAAGGGUAUGAAUCAAUAUACUGAUUAUAGAGCUGGUUUGAGAAGAGAACAUACGAUUUCUAGUGAGAAAGCUGGUGGAGCGCAUGGUCCUCUGAGGGCUUCUGCUCACAUCAGAGUUUCAGCAAGGUUUGACUAUCAACCAGAUAUCUGUAAGGACUACAAAGAGACAGGAUAUUGUGGAUACGGGGACUCCUGCAAAUUUAUGCAUGACCGUGGAGAUUAUAAGUCUGGUUGGCAGAUGGAAAAGGAGUGGGAGGAAGCUGAGAAAGAGAGGAAAAGAAAAUUGGCCAUGGGGAUGCUUGAGGAGGAUGACGAGGAUGCAGAGAAGAGUGAUGAAGAUGAUGAUGACGCAUUACCAUUUGCUUGUUUUAUCUGCAGAGAGCCUUUUGUUGAUCCUGUUGUGACCAAAUGCAAGCAUUACUUCUGUGAGCAUUGUGCAUUAAAGCACCAUGCAAAGAAUAAGAAGUGCUAUGUAUGCAACCAGCCAACCCUUGGGAUAUUCAAUACAGCAUUCGAAAUACGCAAGAGAAUGGCGGCUCAAGGAAAAUGAUGGAUCUUCUGCCAGUUCUCUCAGUGGAUCUUGCUUUACUGAUGCACUUUUGAUUGUUCCAAGUUCAAAGCAGA